ACAAGCGACGACCCUGGUUUGGGUAUUUGGGUCUCCAGUCCUCACUCUCAAAAACCCCUUCAACAUUCAUCCAUUCAUCCCUAUUCCCCCCAAAAAAUCAAAAUAACCAAAAUCAAGAUGUCAGAGUAUGUACCUAUAGAGAUUCAGGCGGAAAUCUUGAAAAGGCUUCCUUCAAAGCCGUUGAUCCAAUUCCGAUCAGUCUCACAAUCAUGGAAGCGUUUGAUCGACAGCCCCAAUUUCAUGGUUUCAUACGCGGUUCGUCAUCCUCAGCCCGACCGUUUCAUUUUAAGGUAUGCUCUUCCUGAUUAUGAUCAUAUUGUUGAGGACCAAUAUUUGUUUUUUGUAGAUAAUGAUGAUGAAAAUGAUCAUAAUGGUUUUGUCCAACAAGAUAUUGUUCCCACCAUUCCUGACCUUGUUAAGAGAAUUGGAUCCUAUUCAACUGUAGUCGGCAGCUCUCAGGGGUUGGUGUGCUUUGUCGGUGAUUACGAAUAUCCCUAUAAUUACGAUUCCUCUGAAUUUGAUGGAGCAAAAAUGGUGGUUGUUUGGAAUCCAUCGAUUGGGAAAUGUGUUGGUAUUCAAGUCCCAGAGAUGUAUUAUUCCCCGAAUGAAAACUAUCGGAUUGAUGAUGUUAUUGGUUUUGGGGUUUGUCCUGUCACUCUUGAUCCUACUAUUCUCAAGAUUGAAUGCAUUGAUUAUAGGAAGCAACUAAAUGGCGGUAUGCAUGGCACUGGUGUCCCUUGGAAAGUUCGAGUUUUUACUUUGACCACUGGGACUUGGAGUAUUCUAUCUACCAAUCUGCCCCGCGAAUCGAUAGGUUUAUGUAAUGGUCUAUCUAGAGGGUGGUCUCAGGUUGUUAUCGAUAGGUUUAUUUAUUGGCUUGCUUAUGAUUAUAUGGGAUAUGCUGAAGAUGGUCGAUUUCAGAAACAUUUUCUGAUCAUGUCAUUUGAUUUGACUGCCAAAGAAUUUAAGGAGAUUAAUUUCCCAGAUAGUCUAAUAAACCAGCCUUGUAGAAUUGAGACUAUAUCCAAGCUACGAGAGUGUCUUGUUUUGCUUGAAUUCCAUAGAGACUUGAAGACAGACCUAUCAGUUUGGUGUGUGUGGAUGAUGAAGGAGCAAGGGGUUAGUGAAUCGUUUACAAAGCUAUACACCUUCAACCUACCAGAUACCACAGUAAAUACAUUACUAGGAUGUAGGAAGACGGGUGCGCUUAUACUGGAGACGUGGCAUGAUCACAGAAACUAUGCCGAACUUCAAAUUUACGAACCCAACUCAGAAGCCGUUGAACUUGAGAUUGAUGGAAUCGAUCAAUUCUUCUCUCUGUGUUCUUAUAAGGACUCUCUGCUUUUGGUUGAUCAAUUAGAUGGUUUUAUAUAUUCGAUCAGUCACUAAUCACAAAGAUAUGAUCGCGCAUGGAUUUCCAAAGUGUUGUACUACAUUACUGAGGGCCGCUUGUCAUUGUUAAGGAACAGUUAAUUUAAACUUUGCAUAUAGUUUUCUGAUCAGGUUUUGUGUGGUUGGUUUACAAGCAAACGAAGUGUUGCAUCAAAAUACAUCAUUAUAAAUGGAUAAGAAGCAGUAAACGAGGAGAGCCAAAACUGAUAUCGGAUUAAACGUUUGGGUUUAUAUUUCUUGUACUCGUAUAUAAUCUGCACCAAGUAUAAGAAAAGAGCUAGGAAACAAACUAGCCCGCAUAUGAAGAACAAGCCUUCAAAGCUCUUUAACUGGAGCUGGUCCACUGUUAAUUUUGCAUCUUGAGAACUGCACGCACUUCGUGUAAGCCACUUGUCGUGGAUCCUUUGCAACUCUCCGUUUUCGGACAUUUUCAGUAUGGCGUUCGAUAUAUCUACGGCAAGAAGAGAGUCCUUCUGAAAUGCCUGUAACAAAUCAAGAAUCCAAAUAAGUUAUUUCUUUCUUAUAUGACUAUAAAGACUAGACUUGAAUUUUACUACCUCUACAGCAUAUAUCUCUAGUAACCCCCUUAAAUAUUUGUCUUUGAAAUA